UCCCUGUAGAUGCAGGCCAGCAAAAAUACUAUGAUUGUUCAUAGAGGGAAGCUUCCCGUAACAGUGCAACCCUUAUUAUAUGACUAGGAAGAGAUCAAAAAUGUCUUCCAGUGGCACUCUCAGUAACUGCUAUGUGGACGCUAUAAUGGGGCAGGAGCCGGAGGAUGUGUACGGUGCUCGCUUUAUUCAGGCUGCGCACACGGUGACGCCGAGGCCGUCAGGUGCUGGGGACAACGCAGACUUCUCCUCUUGCAAUUUUGCACCAAAGUCCGCCGUUUUCUCGUCGUCUUGGUCCUCUGUUCACCCGCAGGGGAUUUAUCAUCCGUAUGUGCACCACCACCACCACCACCAGUCCCAUCUCCCCGGCUCGGACGGCAGAUAUGUAGGCGUCCGCUCCUGGAUGGACCCCAUCUCCAACCACGUUUCUUUCGCCGGAUUUCACUCCAGCAGUCGGCCGUACGGGACAAAGCCAGAGGUCUUGCCACCGAAAGCAGAGUGCGACACGCUGGAGGCAGAGGCUCGGCCGCUCGCCGGCGAAUUCGCGUGUGGAGUAUCGGAGUGUCCAGAAAAAGCGACCAAAGAGCACAGUGGAAGUGAGCUUUCGAGCCACAGCGAGCCCAAAGAGGAAAAACAACAACAACUCGACCCAAACAACCCUGCAGCAAACUGGAUUCACGCACGCUCCACGAGAAAGAAGCGAUGCCCGUACACAAAAUAUCAGACAUUAGAGCUGGAGAAGGAGUUCCUUUACAACAUGUAUUUGACAAGAGACCGACGCUAUGAAGUGGCCCGCAUACUCAGUUUAACCGAGAGACAAGUGAAGAUCUGGUUCCAGAACAGGAGGAUGAAAAUGAAGAAGAUGAAGAAAGAAAGCAGCGGCGGCAAGGAGCAGCUAUGAAAUCACUAUCGCCAUUUCACACAUUUGUACCAAGGAAGCCAUCUGAAAAAUUAAAUUCAUUUUGGUAGGA